AUGGCACCUGCAGCGAUCAACGAGCCCCCCCGCAUUGACAUGGCGGCCCUUAAAGCCGCGGCGGCUCCACAGGGCCCCGUCGUCGACCUCCGCACCUUUGCCCAUUUUGACAACACGCCUGGUAUCGGUACCGAGUUCCGCGUUGAUGGCGACUACCGCGACAAGAGCGGCAAGCCGAUCGUCUCCCUCCGCGACAUUCUCGACGACCCAGCCUCUCUCCGUGCCCUCGGUCGGCUCGUGAGCGAGCGCGGUGUCGUCUUCUUCCGCAACACCGAGAUCAGCACCCAGGAGCAGCUCAAGCUCGUUCACUCUCUCGGUCUUCUUGGCGGCAAGCCGGAGACCUCAGGCCUUCACGUCAACCCCUGCACGGCGCCCGGCCAGAACGAGGGAGAUGAGGUCGCCCGCAUCUCGAACAACUACGUCUUUGGUGAAAAGUUCAAGCGCGACCAGAGCAAGAUGCUCCUCCGCCGGGUAGGCAAGCACUGCUGGCACUCGGACAUUACCUACGAGCCUGUCCCGGCCGACUAUGCGUGCCUCACCAUCCGUACCGUUCCCGAGACUGGCGGUGACACGCUCUGGGCCAGCGCGUACGACGCGUACGACCGCCUUUCGCCCCACAUGCGCAAGUUCCUCGAAGGCCUCACUGCCCUCCACAAGGGACUGGGAUUCAUCCAGCUCGCUCAAAAGUACGGUAUCCCAGAGUUCAGGGAGAACCGCGGCUCACCCGAGAACGUCGGACAGGAUCUAGAGGCCAUUCACCCCGUCAUCCGUACCCAUCCACUUACGGGCUGGAAGGGGCUCUUCGUCAACCGCGAGUUUACGCAGCGGAUUGUCGAGCUCACGCCGUACGAGAGCGACCAGCUCCUCGAGUUCCUCUUCAACCAUGUCUCGGACAACCAGGACAUCCAGGUCCGGUUCCGUUGGGAGCCAAACUCGGUGGCGAUCUGGGACAACCGGUGCACUUUCCACUCGGCGACGUUCGACCUCGACGACAAUGUCCGUGAGGGUACGCGCGGGCUAUCGCUCGGCGAGAAGCCGUACCUCGACCCCAACUCGCUUUCGCGCCGCGAGGCUCUCGAGAAGCAGCAGCAGGGUGCCCAGGCAUAG